CAGGAAGUUAGAUUUUUCUCCAUCCUUUUUACGGUCACGGCUGUUGGCUGCUGCUCCGAAGUUGGAUGUGUCUUCAUUCAAACGAAGUCACUCGGGAUAAGGCUCCGCUUCAUGAUGAACCCCCUCUGUGAUCAAGUGAAUUUUAGCUAGCUGAAGACUUUAAGGAAGGUUCCGCUCUCUGUCGCAAUGUUGUUGAGAAUGACUUCAGAAAAUAGAAAACCUCGGGAUGAUUCAAGUCUUCCUGCACCAUGUGCUCUGUGGCCUGUGGACCUACAGUUAACACAUGUGAGCUGCAACCCAGGGGAUACACUGGUGCACUUCCAGGGCCAAUAUCUCACAAUAUGUGAACUGGACUAUAACAUACUGCAAGUGGAAAUACAGAAUGCACGGAAAAAACAGAUGGCGGUGGAAGUGGGGGAGUUCUGUUUGGUAGAGGAUGUCCUAUCUACCCGGUGGUACAGAGGAAGGGUUCAGAACAAACAGAAAGAAUUGUUUGACGUGUUCCUCAUAGACCAUGGGAAUGUUCUGAGUGUUGAUGUCAGCCAUUUGGCCACAGCUUUGGAUGAGCUCUUCAUGCUUCCUCCCAAAAUCAUCUGUGGUUUCUUUGCAAAUGUGUUACCAUUGAGAGAAAAUUGGGAUUCUUUUUCAGAGACUUAUUUUGCUUCCUUGAUUGGAAGUCAUGUCAAAGGAUACAUCCAAGCCUUUCUUCCUCACAAAGUCCUCAUACUAGAAGCCCCAGAUAUCAACAAGGAUCUCUUUAGGCUGAGCUUAGGGAAACACAUGGACACAGACACAUUCCUUCUCUUGGUGGAAUUGUUGACAGAGGUACCACUCAAGCAGAGCAUUGAACCUGUCCCAGAUCUACUGAUUGAAAAGCAAGGUGGACAAGAAUUCUCAUUCAAAUCAUCCAGCUUGAAGGGUUUUGAGGAUAUUCUGUCAUUUUCAGGCCCUAAGUUGACCACUGGCAAAAAAGUGAGGGUUAGGGUAACCGCUGCAGUGAACCCUGUUACAUUCUACUGUCAAAUGACAAGUGUGGCAAAAGAUCUGAAACGGAUGUCAGACAAAUUGGCGUUGUCCUGUGAGUCCAAGAGCAAAGACCCCAGUCUACAGCCAGCAGAAAAUAUGGGCUUGCUUUGCUCAGUCAAAGGAAAGGAUGAGAAGUGGCAUAGAGGCUUUGUGCAGUUUCUCCCUGUAAACUCUAAAGUAAGAGUAUUGUUUAUUGAUUACGGAUUCUGUGAGUCUGUGAAAAUUGAGAAUGUCCUCCAGCUUCCACUAGAUUUUCUCUCAACACCAAUCAUGGCAUUCCCGUGCGCUCUUUCCUGCCUGAAUGGACAAGAUAAGGCAGUGAAGAUCCAGCAUCUGACUUGCUUCAAGAAAGGAUUGCUGGGUGGAGUAUUAGAUGUUGAAAUCAAUGGCUUUGACAAAGAGCAGAAUCUCUAUUCGGUCACAGUGCUCAGUGCUGAAGACUAUGCAGCUGUUGAGGCAGGGCCAAUUCAAGAUGUCCCUGGACAAAGGGAGUGUGACUUUGUUCUUAAAAGUGAGCCUGCUUUCCCUCUAAAUGGCUACCUGUAUUAUGAGACCGCAAUAAUCCAAGCAAUGGAUAAUUCAGUCAUUGUUGAGGAAAUGCAAGAGGACUCUGUGUUUGAAGGAUACGUGGAGCAUGUCCUGAAUCCAGGUGCGUUCUGGUUGAGAACACAGAAACGCAACAAAGACUUUGAAGAGAUGAUGGAGAACAUGGCCAAGCACUUCAGCCAAGUCCAAUUGGAUGAAGAAAUUCUGGAGAAUCCAGAGCCUGGUGCACUUUGCUGUGCAAUGUAUGAGCUGGAUAUGCAUUACUACAGAGCAAUGGUGACAGACACUCUUGACAAUGGAGCUGAAGUAUUUUUCAUUGAUUUUGGAAAUACAGAAAAGGUACCAUGCAUGUGCAUCAAGCAGAUCCCGGGCAAGUUUGCUGUUGAACCAGCAUUUGCCCUGAGUUGUUCUCUGGUGAAUGUCAUGCCUUUCGACGAUGUAUGGACGAUCUCUGCAACCGACUACUUCCGACGAGCAGUCUCCAGCAAAACUCUCCUUGUGCAUGUUGUCCACAUAAGGAAAGAUCUAUAUGUGGUUGAUUUGUAUGAGUGUGAAAACAACUCAUCACAAAGAGCAUCAAAGAGCAUCACAGAGCUCUUGACCACAACAAAUCAUGCAGAAUUUUGGAAAUACACUCCUUCGGCGCCUGUGAUGCCUAAGAGCGAGAUGGAGAAGGAAAUGAUGAAACCGAAGACCGGUAAAAAAGGACAAGUUCAUACAAAUGGAACAAGCACAAGUGGAAUUACAAGGAAACCUCCCAAAGAGACAUGGGAAAUUUCAAAAUUGGUUGGCUGUGAAAAGAAACCUGAAAGCCCGAAGUCAAGCACCCUAAAAGACAAGGCACCAGCGGUGAAAUUCAAAGCACAGACAUUCAAGCCCGGAAGUGAGCUAGUUGUGCGAUGCUCUCACGUCAACACACCCUCAGAUUUUUGGUGCCAGCUGGAAAGCAAGAUCCCCAACUUGGAGGACAUGAUGGAAGCGAUUCAGCGGUAUUACCAAGCACACACACUUCCUCUGCAGUUAAAUGAUUCCUGUUGUGUUACCAAAUCUAAAGAUGACGGCAGAUGGUAUAGGGCCUGCAUUAUAGGAGCACAGAGAGAUGAAGUUGAAAUUAUAUUUGUGGACUACGGGAUUAUAUCAAAAGAGCGCAUGCACAAUCUUCAAGCAAUAGUGCCAGAAUUCCUUGAUCUUGAGGGGCAAGCAUUUAGAUGUAGCCUUUACAACUUGAUUGAACCUGCAAAGGGCAGUGAUAGUGAUUGGGGCAGAGAGGCAUGCGAUUUACUGAAGUACUUCGCUCAAGGCCAGUCAGUGAAGUUGACAUGCUAUAUACACGCUCAACUGUAUGUGAAAAACAAGGGCCUGUGCAAUGUUGUCGACCUCCACAACACUCAACAGAAUGCAACAAAGAAGCUUGUGGAAAAAGGUCUUGCAAGAGAAGUGCAAACCCCUAUGCAGCUUAUGCCAUCAGUAUGCCCAGACUCUUUUGUCCAUUCUUCCUUCAACUUGAGAUGUGGAAGUGAAGAGCAAGUCUGUGUCACUCAUGUGUGCAGUCCAUGGGAGAUGUAUUGCCAGUUGGACAGAAAUACUGAAAUGAUCGACAACUUGAUGGAGAAAGUCGCCACAGAAAGUAAAGAAAUACUGCGUGUCAACUCUGGGCCUGAUAUCGGAAAACUUUGCCUGGCAAAAUAUUACGGUGAUGGAAAAUGGUACAGGGGUGUGGCUUGCCCUGUUCAAUCUACUACGCUGCUUCUAAAUGUGUUUUUUGUGGACUAUGGAAACAUGCAUAUUGUUGAAAAAAACAAUGCUGUAUCUAUUCCCAGACAUUCAGCAGAUUUACUGUUCACUCCCAUGCAGGCAUUAAGAUGCAGUCUCUCUCAAAUCCCGAAAGAGGACAACUUUGCAGAUGUCAACAAAUGGCUAGAGAAAUCCAUUCUCGACAAGCCACUUCGAGCUGUCGUUGCAGGAAAGAAUGAGGAUGGGACAGUCUUUUUUGAUCUGUUUGAUGGAGGCAUAAACAUCAAUGAGAAAGUCAAGGAGCUCAUUGCAAGUCAAAAACCAAAGGAGAAGAAAAGCAGUGGACCUGUGACUGGUCAUGAAGGACACAAAGAACAAAUGAAGAACAAAAUUGGAAAAACUCAAGCGGGACAGCAUCUGAAACCCACAUGCAAGGGCAGCCAACAUCACCAACAUCAAAAUAAGAAGUCUUCAAAUGCUCAAAAAGCAAACCCACCAAAGCGUCCUGAUGCCCAGCAAGAUUGGAAAGGGCAAAGUGAAAGAAUCGCUCAGUUCAAAUCUGAGGAAAGCACAGAAGGAAAAACUGAUCAACAUGUAGACCGUUCCUCCAAACUCACAGGAACCAUUUGCUCCGUCCAAUUGCCAAAACUUUCACAACUACCCUCCAAUCCCAAAAUAAAGUCUGGAUUCCGAGGUCUGGGGUUUGUUUCCCAUAUCAAUACCAUCGACAGUUUUUUUAUCCAAAUGCAAGAUGAUGAACAAUCCAUUCUGAAAAUGAGGGAAGACCUCAACACUGAGCUGUUUAAAGAAACCAUGGGGAACAGCACAUUGGACUUCAGAAUGAAUAACCUUGUUGCUGCUGAAUAUGAAGAGGAUGGUGCACUUUACCGUGCAGUUGUGACAGAUAAUGCGUAUAAUGACCAUUUCAAGGUGGAGUUUGUUGACUAUGGAAAUACAGCCACUGUGACUAAGGACAAAAUGUACACUCUGACAAGUGUGUUUUUGUCACAACAUAGACUAAGCAUACCCUGUUCAUUGCUAAACAGUGGCUCUUAUAAAAGUGAUGCCUCUUUCACUGAUGCAGUAAUGGGAAAACCUCUCAUGUUUGAAAUUGUCAGUCGUUUUGGGACACAGUGGGAGGUUAACGUUGAGAUCCAACAGGACAACCCAUCACUUGACAAUGAUGUGACUGAAAAGGAACAGGUCCAAGCUUUGUGUGCAAGCCUAGUUGACACAUUUAAAAAGCAAACAAGAGUAACCAUCAAGGACAAUAGCCAGUACAAUACACAUUCUGAGAGGGUUAUGUUCACUGCUCAAGGUGAAAAGGUCUUGCAGAAUGUGUCCCCAAGGCCCUCAUCAACUAGGCACAAACAUGACAUUUGCAAACACCAGGACUCCAAUCAACUCCAAUCAACAACGUUUGGACCAUCUAUGGAGGCCGUGAAGGAUAUGGCCAUUCCAUCACAGGAUAUAAGAGCCGGACAGGCAGAGAGUGGGACAUUGUUGUCCAUCUUGGAGAAUGGAAAUCUAUAUCUAAGACUCCACAGCACCACAGAACAGUUUACUGUACUUGAGAAUCUCAUAGUUGAACAUUUGUCUAAGUGCAAAGUCAUGUCUGAGAAGAAUGUCAAAGAAGGACUUCAAUGCUUGGCAAAAUCAACCAAAGACGACCAGUGGCACAGAGCAGUUGUACGGCAUGCAUCUAUUGACCAAGGAAAAUGCGUUGUGUUCCUUGUGGAUCAUGGCACUGCAGAGGACGUCCCAAUGGGCUGCAUCAAAGACCUCUGUAAUGACCUCAAGCAAACUCCUGUUCAAGCAGUCUUGUGCAAGUGGAAUAGCCCUGGCCUCCCUAUCAGCGACGCUUAUGAGAUAUUGAAGAAAACUCUGAAACAAAUGGUAGGCAAGGAUGUAAAACUGAUGUUUGUGUCCUACUCUGAAGCUGAUACCUUGUGGAUGGUCGAAAUCAUGAUAAAUGGACUGUUCCUUGUUCAGCAAAUGAAGACUGCAACUUCUGAAUUUACUGAAGAAAGGCCAAUCCCCACAAAGACUCAAACUGUAACCCCAAAAGAGAAAAACUCCAACUUGGACAACAGUCCCCAGAGGUUCUUCCUUUCCCCAGUGAACAUGGAUCUGGGAUACUCCGGCUUUGCAGCUGCAGUCACCACACCAAGUGAAUUCUACAUUGUUCUGGAAGAUUUGCUUCUCAUCAUGAACAAUGUGUCUACGAUUCUUGAGGAUCUUCCAAAGGAGCUGUUGCAAUUUCAUGAAGAACACCUAAUUCCAGGGUCAUGCUGCCUUGUGAGGUCUGAUAGUAAGAACAAAUGGUGCCGAGCUGAAAUCGUCCAUUCCGAUAGCACAGUGGUUGUGAUCAAUUUGGUUGACUAUGGCCAUUGUGUGGACAUGCCGUACAAAGAUUGGUCUGAGCUGAGGAGACUUCCUGACCAGUUGACCAGGCUACCAAAGGUCACGUAUCCAUGCACUUUGAGAGGAGUAAAAUCAGUCGAGGGGCAAUGGACAGAUGAAGCAGUUGUUUUCUUUCAAGAGUGCAUCUGUAAGAAAAACCUUCAAAUAUACUUCAGGCAGUACAUUUCUGAAGCACACUGGGAGGUGGACAUUGUAGCAGAUGGCAUUCACGUGGCUAAAGACCUGGUUGAUGCUGGCCAUGCAGAAUACAUCGACAUCAUGCUUGGACUGAGAUUUCAAGAACAACGCCCCAUCAGAGCCCCUGAACAGAAACAAGGCAUGAGUCGUGCAGAUAGAACAUCCAAAGUGGAACCGGAAAUGACACCACCUAGGACAAACAAAUUCCUGAGAAGACUGAAUGAAGAACUAGAACUCGAUGGAAACACUUCAAGUGAGGCUGCCUUCCAUGGGCAAGGAUUUGAAAAAGCAAGUGAGAACACAGCCUGUGCUACUGAGUACCCUGAUGGCCAAAGAGCAGAGAUGACACACUGUAGCACAAUGACUGGAACAAGACAUUGUGCCCUGAUGUGACUACUGGUUAGUUGUGACUACCAGUGAGACGCUACUCCAUAUCAGGUAAUCACACUAUAAAUAAGAUGUAUUUUAUGACUGGUCUUAACCAAAAACAUGUAUUAAGCUGGUGAAUUUGCUUGAUUAGUUCUACUAAUUUCCAGAGUGGUGCAGCGGUCUAGGCACUGCAUCUCAGUGCUAGAGGUGUCAUAAAGACCCUGGUUCAUUUCCAGGCUGUAUCACGACCGGCCGUGAUUGGGAGUCCCAUAGGUCGGCGCACAAUUGGCAAAGCGUUGUCCGGGUUAGGGUUUUACGGGGGUAGGUUCAAUUUAAAAAAACAUAUUUGACUGUUUAGGUCCAUACCAACAUUGACAUUCCAUAGUACUAUUUUUAUCUCAAAGGUUGUGUGACAAGCGCGUGAAGAGGAGCAAAGGACUACAACACUAUUCCAGACAUUUUUGUUCAGAAAGACUAAAUGCACGACAAGGCAUCAUGCUUCUGAUGAUUGGAAUUUUCUCUUGGGUCAAGAUUAAUGCAGCAGUUAUAAUCCUCUAUAUUCUAUUUUUCUACACAUGGUUGUAUUUAUAUCAGUGAUUCACAUUUUUAUGGAUGGCUUAAGUUAUCUAAAUUAAGAUUUCAGUAUGACAUCUCCUUUUUGCAGUAUAUCUGAAAGAAAAUCAAAUGUGUUGCAACAGAUUUGCUUUUGGACUGGUACAGUUUAGGCCUAGAUUCAACCAGAUUAAAUGUUAAACAGUGAUAGAUGAUACCUUGCACAGCUGAUGUUUUGGUGGUGUCAGAGGUGUCAUUGAAAUGGAGCUGUCAAAUCGGUGAGCUGCUGCUCUUGUAAUCUUUGUCAUGAAGCUACACCCGUUCCACUCGCUUUAAAGUUCAACAUGAGAAAGUGUAGACUAUAUAGAAAUAAUCACUCAAAUUUCAAAAUCAUUCAACAAAAUGAGGAUUUCUAUCAGCCUCAUUGAGGUGUAGAUUACACCUCACAUCCCAGUGUUUGAAGUUGUGAACAAGGCUGCAUGGGAUUUCUCAUAAUGACUGUAGCCAAUGGCAAUGUCCGCUUUAGGUAUAAUGGCGGGAGCUGCUUGUGGAUUUGACAGCUCUAGCGCAGUACCACCUCAGACACUUCUGAUAGAAUCUAGCCCGUAGUCUUGAUAUUUGUAGAUAAUAAAUAACUGAAGUGGAAUGCCUUUUGAAUGAUAUUUUGCCUUUUGCUUAUGAAACAAUAUGGUUUGGAUAUUUGCAUAGUUGUUGACAAUGUUUUUAAAGGUUGAGUUGCAUACCUUUUUCAAGCAUUUUCCAGCAGUUAUACAUUAUAAAAUGUAGGCAACAAUCUUCUAAAAUGUUAUGACUACUGACUAGUCAAGUUUGAUUUGAUAGGCCUACUUUUUUUUCUUUGGUUUUGAUGCCACAUCUGUCUUUACAGUAUGGUUUGUACUGUAAUCGAUGUUAUUUCUGUGGCAAAUAACAUGUAUGCCUUUGACAGAAGAACCUUACAAAUUUAAAUAAUUGUUGCAAGUAACAUGAUUGUCUUUGAGAAAGAACCUUACUCAUUUAAAUAAUUGAUAACAUUUAAUCUUAUUUUAGUUAUUUGUUAGAUGACACAGUUGGUUGUGAAUAAUUCUAAAGAAUCCACACGUAUAACAAUCGUUAAUUAAACAAAUGCUUUGCACAUUUAAAA